AUGGCCGCCGUCAGUAUGAUGCCGCAGAUGAACGGGGGGAUGCACGGAGGAGACGACCGACAGGAUCUGCCACGACCGUACAAGUGCCCUCUGUGCGAUAAGGCUUUUCACCGCUUAGAACAUCAGACGAGACAUAUUCGAACGCAUACGGGCGAGAAACCACACGCCUGCCAAUUUCCUGGCUGCACGAAGCGCUUCUCGAGAUCGGAUGAACUGACCAGGCAUUCGAGGAUACACAACAACCCCAACUCGAGGAGGAGUAAUAAGGCACAACAGGCCGUGGCACAGGCCGUCGAGAAUGGAAUGCAGCAUGGUGCUUCAAUGGCUCAGAUGAUGCCUCCGCCAAAUAAGUCAAUGUCGAGAUCUGCUCCUGCUUCUGCCAUCGGCUCACCGAAUGUCUCACCUCCACACUCCUUCGCUCAGUACAACAGUCCCAUGUCUUCCGGUCUCAAUCCGUAUGUGCGAAGUCUAGGAGGAAGUCCCAAUAAUGGACAGAACCUCGACAUCAAUCUUCUCGCCACAGCAGCCACCCAAGUCGAGCGAGAGAGCACGUUGGCAACACAUCAUCCUCACCACGGUCGACACCACCCAUACUACAGCCACAGCUCUCACAGCAGCCGAAACCACCUCCCAUCCCUUUCCGCCUACGCCAUGUCAAGAUCACAUUCCCACGACGAAGACGACCACUACGCACACCGCCACGCCAAACGCUCCCGCCCCAACUCUCCCAACAGCACCGCUCCCUCCUCACCCACCUUCUCCCACGACUCCCUCUCUCCAACACCAGACCAUACCCCGCUCGCCACCCCCGCCCACUCACCACGUCUCCGUCCCUACGGCGGCGGUUACGACCUCCCGGGAAUCCGCAACCUGAGCCUCCAACACACGCCCGCUCUCGCGCCCAUGGAGCCGCAGCACCUCGACGGUCAGUACCACGCCAACAGCACCGCGACGUCCGCUCCGCGCACCGGCCUCACGAUCAGCGACAUCAUGUCGCGAACCGACGGCACGCAGCGCAAGUUACCAGUCCCGCAGGUCCCGAAGGUGGCUGUGCAGGAUCUGCUCACGCCCGGUGAUACGGGUUUCAAUUCGAGUGGGCAGAGUAGUACGACUGGGAGCGUGGCUGGGGAUAUGUGA